AUGAGCUGCUCUGAAUCUAGGGAUGAAAACUUACAAUACACAUACCACACUAAUUCAGAAACUUCAAUACCUAAAGCCUCAGGAGGAAGCAAUACUCGGGAUUCUUCUUUUGAUGCUCCAGGUGUUGCAGAUGUUACGUUGGGGAAAGAGUUAGUUAGAAGACCUAUUCUAUAUAAAAGAUCUGAAACAAAUAUUCCUAACAUAUGUGUUGACUCAUCGUCACAGAAUUUUAAGCAUCAUUUGAAAAAAUUACAUAUUGCUGUUAAUAAGAUUUUGGAAAAUGACCGCCUUACUAAAUAUAGAAAUCAGUCGAAAAAGAAUUUCAGAGGAAAUCAGGAAGCUUGUGAGAAAAUGUUGGAUGCCGUUAGAGAGCUUGGGUCCUUUAUUGUUCAGCGUCAAAACACCUCUCCAAUUGGUCAUCACAUUAGACCUACUAAGGAUAUACAGUCCCGCUUUCCUACGAGAGUGCGAUCGAAAAGUACUACCCAUGAUGACUCAAUUAGCCAUAAACGUAAUUUAACAGUGAGGAUGGGGCAUAGUCUCAAAUCAGUCAGACGUCCUACAUCACUGACUAAAAGGUCAAAAUCUCCAAUCAAGCGUUCAGUUUCUCCUUAUCCGGUGAUUGAUACUGAAAACUCUUGCUGUUCUAAGCAUUCGGGACAUUUUAAGGGUGUAAACAUAUUUUCUCAGCGUGAAACAAAAUAUAGAUUUCCAGUCAAAAAUGAUACCUUUAUAGCUUCAAAACAGGAAACUGAAAAUGUCCAGGCUUCAGAAGAUUUUACAAAUCCAGAGAUUGCUUGUUUAGAAGCUGAAUUAUCACAUCGUGAUACAUUGAUCAAAUAUUUAUCAGACCAAUUAUUUAAAUUAUAUCAAGAUAAUGAUAGAAUAUUUGCUGAAUAUGAAUUACAAGAAGCUAAUUUAACUAAAUAUUUACAUUCAUUAAGAUCACGUUUAACUGAAACAAAUACUAAUUUAAAUCAACAACAUACUACUCAUAAUACUACUAAUAAUACUAAUUCUAUUCAUACUGAUUACAUAACACAUAUUACUCAAUCCAUAUCUCAAGAUAUUCAUAUUAAUAUCACAGAUUCUAUUUUACAUCAUUUUGCUAAAGAAAUCAAUAAUAAAAUCAUAAAUCCCGGUAUAAAUAAUAAUAAUAAUGAUAAUGAUGUCAUAGUUACUAUGAAUCCAGUUCAAAGAAUAAAACAAUCAUUCAUAUCUGAAUUACAAGAUCUUCAUUUAGCUACACAGAAUUUAUUAAAUUAUUGGGAAAUAAAAAAUCAUCAAAUGAAUUAUCCCAUUGUAUGUCAACAAUUUUUUAAUGCAUUACUUAAUUUUUAUAUUAUUUCAAUGAAUUCUUAUCAAUUAAAUAAUCAAUUUAUUGAUCCAAAUAUUAAAGAUUUACAAAUGAAAGCAGAUCAUGCUGAACAACAAAUUAUUGAUUUAUCAAAUGAAAUCAAACAAUAUCAAUAUCAAUUAAAUCAAUUAAAUGAAAAAUUACAAAAAAAUCAAUUAGAAGAAACAAAUCAUCAUUUAUUGAUUAGUGAUUAUUUUUUAUCAUCAACAAAUUUUUCAUCUAAUAAUAAUAAUAAUAAUAUAAUUACUUAUUUGUCUGAUACAGAUCAAACUCAAUGUAUAUUAUCAUCACCAUUAUCAUCAUCAUCAUUAUUAUUAGAUCCAGGAUCAAGUUCUCAAACUUAUGAAUCUAUACCAAAAAUAAAAUCAAUAGGAGAUCAAAUUAUAUUCCCAUUAAAAUCGACAAUAAUGCCAAUCGAUAUUUCAACCACCACCACCACCACCACAACAACAACAACAACAAUACCGGUUGAUAAUUCGAUUAAUAAUUUACUUCAACGUUUAUGGGGAAUGUUAUCGAAAGAAUCAAAGUUAACUAAUACAGAUUUACAUCAAUCUAAAUUAUGGAUUAGUAAUAAAGAGGAUUAUGAUACAUUAUAUGAAGCGUAUAAUAUUAUUGAACAAUUUCAAUGGUAUAUACAAAAUAAUAAACUUUCAUCAUUUAAAUCAUCUAGUUUAGUUGAGUCACAAUCUUCACUGUCAACAACAACAACAGAAACAUAUUUUGCACCAGAAUUAGUUGCUAAUGAAAUUAAUAGAACAACCGCAACUGAUAAGUCUAUACCUGUUGAAGUUUCAUCAAUAACUAGCCUUACAGAUCAGUCGACUAUUACUGCUUUAACUUCUAAUCAACAUAAAAUAAAAGAUAUUGAAGAGGUCAAUUUGGAAUCAUUCAAAAUGGAAGAGUUAUCUUCUUGUACAAAGUAUGCAACAAAAUCAAUUUACUUAACAGAUAUGUGUACAUCUACAAGUGAUCUGUUAACAUUGUUUAUUAAUCAAGAUCAAAAUUAUCAGUUGAAUAUGCAACAGGUUAAGCAAAUGAAUGAUCAGAUAAUAUCAACAGAUGAUCUUAUUCAAACAUCAUCAUUGGAAAAAGAAACUUUACGUGAGUUACAAAGGAAGUUUAAUUACUUAAAAGAUUCUUAUAAUCAUUUAGUUAGUCAAUAUCAAACUUUUAAUCAAACAUUAUGUAAACAAUUAAAAUAUGUUAAUUCAUCAUUUGAUGAAUAUAAAUCCAAUAUAUCUGUUUACAUUUCCCAUAAGUAUAAAAAUAUCUGUGAUUCAUCUAUACAAACUGAUUCUUUUAAUCAUUUGCCUAGACUAUUGACUGAUCCAUCAUAUAGACAAAUACCAUUAGAUUAUAGAAAUGUAUAUGAAAUUGAAUACUGUCAUAGUUCAUGGCCAACAACUAAAAUGAUAUCAAAUGAAACUAUAAUUUCUAAUCAAUCUAUGUUAAAUACUGAAUUAUUAACAAAUAACUGUUCAUUUGAAUUACUUCAAUUAAAACAAGAUUAUGAAAUUUUACAAUCAAAAUUACAGAAAUCUGAAAGAGAAGUAGAAAUGUUGCAUAGUAAUUUAUUAGAUAUUGAAAAUCAUAUUAAAUUGGCUAUAUCUAAUAAUCAUUUUACUAGUUUACAAUAUAUUCUAGAUAAUGGAGGAUUAUCCGAUGUACAGUCUUUGACUAAAGCAUUUUUAAAUCAAGUCAGUACAAUUAUAUCAAAUUUAAAUCAAUAUAUACUUGAUCAAGAGAAUCAAAUUGAAUAUGAAUCACCUGAUCACUACCUUACUGAUGAUAAGAGUUUUCCGAUUCAUAAUGCAAAACGUUUACUAGUAAAUACAGAGGAAUAUGAUCAAAAAUAUCCACUUUAUUCAGCUGAACAAUCUCUUAUUCACCUAACUGAAUUACAGGAAAUUCUACAACAACAAAUCAUUAGAAAGCAAAAUACUUUUGUUGAACAAAUUGAACAGGAUAAUUAUUCAUUCAAUCAAGAAAUUGAUAGAUUAUUAGAUGACAAACCUGAAAUCACAGAAUUGAACUUGACAGAAAAGCUUCAGUCUGCGUUACAUGUUAUAUAUGAAGAGUUAUCUUUGUGUCAGCAUUUAGUAGAUAAACUCUUGAGUGAAAAAACAAAACACUGCAAACUUAUAGCUAUGCAAGCAUCACAAAUAGAAGAUUUGAACAAGGAAUUAAGAGAUUAUGACUAUAAAUUAAAAGCUAUUUCAAGAGGACAUAAUAUUGUCCCACAUAAUAACGAGAAGACGUAUGAAAAUAAUUGCUACGAGAGAAAUGAUGAAAAGGUAAAAAGUGAAUAUUAUAAAUAUCACCAUAAUCAAUAUCCUAAUUCACUUAUUGAUUCAUCUACAAAUACAAAUAAAAACAUAAUAAAUGAACUAAAAUUAACUAAUCAGACAGAGAUUGAACAACCAACUAUAAUGUCCAAAGAAGACAAAGAAUAUCGAACAAUAGACAAAAUUGAAGAAACAAAAUCCACAUUAGCUAACGACACACUGACAACUUCAGAAUAUACCGUGGAGAUGACGAAAGAGAAGCUAGUGAGUUCAGGUUUGUGUGAAGAUGAGUCGAAUGUGGUUGGUCAACUGCGCGAAGAGUUGACGUCUUGUUAUGAACAGAUAGUGAAGCUGUCUAGAUCGGUGGAGGAGAGUGAUGCUUCGUUGAUGGAUGUCCGGCGUUUGUUGACUGUGAAGGAGAGUGAAGUGGCGGAUCUGAGAGAGGAGAAGCGUCAUUUACGAGACGAAGUGAAUGAGUUGAGGGAGACUGUAGAGGCAGAACGACGUGAUUUGGACAUAAUGCGUGCAAAUAUGGAUGUGUUGGAGAGCAAAGAAGAGGUGUCGGCGAUGUGCGAGGAGUGUCGUGGACCGAACGUUGCUGCUGCUGCUGCUGCUGCUGCUGUGGAGGAGGAGUGUGUGCAGACGGAGAUUGACGACGAAGUUUUUGACCUGGUGUCGACGUUGCAGCUCGAGGUUGCCCAUCUGCGUGAGGAAAAUGCGGCGACGUUGGCGGCUCUGGAGCGUUCACAGCUCGAGUUGAGCAUGAAACAGACGGAAGUGCAGGAACCGGAGUCACGUAUGAUGGUGAACGAGACAACUUGGUGGAUUCCUUGUGAGACUGUGAGAAAGGCGCCCGAUGUGGUUGUCCGUGAGUUGGCAGAGGUUGAUGACACAGACAGAGUGGAGGCAGACGUGUUUGCCGGAGUUCCUGACAUGCAGCUGGUGGAGACUGUUGCAGGCGACUCAGUGUCAGGCAUUGUGCCUGAUCGAAUGGACAGACAAACUACGGACUUGUGUGUUGAGGGCGUUUCGAACGAGGAAGUGGUCUUGCCCAUUCACGCCACUCAGAGUUGGACGAAACCGCCGAGUGAACAAGACAAUGACGAUCCCGAACUUGCCCUGUUGAAUACAGACAGCCUAAGAGCGCGAUUGAAGGAGGCCAUGAGCAGAAUCUGCGAACUUGAGAAUGCCAAGACAGAGUUGAGUGUGCGUCUGCUUGAGCUGGAAGGCGUUAUGAUGUGUGAAGAUAAGCCGAUGGAUGUGAUGCCUCUUAGUUCUCGUGUGCCUGACCGGUCGAUGAAAGUGACGGACGAAGCUGAUGCACUGUCGAAGCACAACAAAGAGCUGAUGACAGAGGUAGACUUGUUACGAAGUAAGAUUUCAGAGCGCGUGACACUGUUGGACGAUGUGUGUAUGGAGAUGGAUGAGGUCAGAGGAUCACUGGGUUUCUUGUUGAAGCAGGUGAGAGAAUUGCGUGCAGCACAUGCUGAGGCGAAUGCUGACCGCGCCGAAAUGGCGAACAGAAUGAGUGAGUACGAACGGGUUUCACAUCGCCUGUGCGAAACAGUUGGUCGAUCCACGUCACCAGUGCAAGACAUCGACUAUGCACACGAAGGCUCGUCGACUGACCGUUGCACAUCAGACGGGUUGCGAGAGGAUUUGCAGCGUGCACUGGAUACACAAUCAUUCGAGCUGGAGGCAGUCACUGAGAAACUGAGAGAAUGUGAGUCAAUGAACAAUGCCUUGAUCUGUGAGUGUGAUACCCGAAAGAAACGUUUGAGUUUUAAUUUGCCCCCACCUGUUAGACAUUUCAAUUCUCGUUUCGAAGUCAAUGGUAUGUUGGUUGAAAAUCCUGAUAAUCUUUCUAAUUUCAGAGAAAGUGAUCGUAAUCAUUCAAUUGAUAAGCUGUUCUCUGAAAUUCAAGCGACUUGCGAAAGUGAUCUUCUUAAUUCAGACCAAUUUCUUGGAACCAGUGACAGUGAGGUAGGCAAUAAACUCAGUGAUAACGUCGUCCAUGGAAAUAAGUCAUACAUAUCGUCGAUAGUUCUAGAUGCUGCGUGUUUCAAGAUGUUAAGUCCAUCCGAUGUCGACCCUGUGAUGGUUGAUUCUACUGCAAAUGAAUCUAAGUUUACAUUUGCCACAAAUUCAUCUUCAAAAAUAGAUAACUCACUUCAUCAAAACCGGAAUGAUGCUAGUGAAUCAAAUGCUUGUCACUGUGAAGAAGUUACCGUCGUUUCGUAUGAUGACUUCUCACAAGAUAAAACUUCACACAUUUCGAGAAUGCCUCCGGAUUUUGAAGACGAAAAAAUGUUCAUCAGUUCUUUGAUACUACCACCACCUAGACAACCCUGCAGUAUGACAUACGCUGAGUCAGCAUCAGAUAUUCCCGUAAUGUCGCGCAGUUCAUCAAGUAAAGAACUAGAAACCGUUGAGCCAUAUAGUAAAAAAUCAGAAGCGCAUGUGAAAAACUGCGUGAACAACACAGUCAAGCAUAUGAAAUGGUCUUCAAACACAAAAGCAUAUUAUGUUACAAGGUACUCAGAAGAAACAAAUAUAACAACUAACGAACAAACGAGAAAUAAACUGGAAAAAUUCGAAGGUGACAACCUGAAAAGCAAGAAAGAAAACGAAAUCACAAUUAUAAGAAACCAAAACGAUAAUAUCAAAGAGUACGAUCAAAAACUAAAAAACGAAUAUUCACAACAAAAUUAUGAACCGACCGACGCGUCAAAACGGGAUAACGCUAAUCAAAAUAAUAUGAAACAAUCAACAAAAUGUGCAAAUACAGAAUUGAGAUUCAUUUCAAAAGGCACGAACACACAAACUGAUGACGCUAAAGGAUCAGUAGGUCUCUUGCAGAAACAGGUGAGAGAAUUGCGUGCAGCACAUGCUGAGGCGAAUGCUGACCGCGCCGAAAUGGCGAACAGAAUGACUCGAGUUGAGCAUGAAACAGACGGAAGUGCAGGAACCGGAGUCACGUAUGAUGGUGAACGAGACAACUUGGUGGAUUCCUUGUGA